UCUCUAUAUAUACAAGAAUAUAUACUGCAGUGUGUGUGUGUAUAUAUAGUUGAUUUGGGGGGUGGGGGGGAUUGAGAUGAAUCGAAUGUGAUGGGAGGAGGGUUUUCGCAUCUGUUUCCGUGUGUUAACCCGGCGGCGAACCGGGAUGAGCCGGAGGUUGUAUUCACCGCCGGCGAGCCACUGGACGAGACGCUCGGCCACUCAUUCUGCUACGUUCGGUCUUCAGCUCGGUUUGUGUCGCCUCCCCACUCCGAUCGGUUUGUUUCGCCUUCGCAGUCGCUCCGGUUCGACGAGCCAGGUCAGCAGAAAUCCAGACCGGGCGGCGGUCCAAUGGAGACCGGUUUUCGCGCCAUUUCCGGUGCGUCGGUGAGUGCCAACACCUCCACUCCCAGAACUGUGCUUCAGGUUGAUGAUUUUUGCGACGAUGCCGCCGGUAUUGACGGUAGCGCUUUGGGUUUUAGUGGCGCUACUGGAGUGAGGGGCAGUGUUGUGAAUGGGUUUGAGAGUACGUCGUCGUUUUGCGCCUUGCCUCUCCAGCCUAUUCCUCGCGGCGGCGGAGAACGGUCGGGUCCGAUGGAGAGAGCAUUCUUCAUGUCAGGACCGAUCGAGCGGGGAGCCCUAUCUGGGCCGCUGGACGGGCCCACCGGGUCGGACGCCGCCGCUGGAAAUAGUGUUCCAUUUUCGGCGCCGCUGGGAGGUGUUUAUGUCAAAAAGAAGAGGAGGAGGGGCAUUUCGGGAAUUCGAAAGGCCCUGUACCGGAACUUCCCGGAGAAGAAAAGGCCGUGGGUGUUACCGGUUAGGCAUUUCGGUAGCCAUAAGGAUGCCCCGCCACCUUCAAACUGCGGGCGCGAAUCGGAAAUGAGCUGUGAUAGCAACAUUCAAUGGGCUUUAGGAAAAGCCGGUGAAGAUCGAGUACAUGUGGUUGUAUCAGAAGAGCAUGGAUGGCUAUUUGUCGGAAUUUAUGAUGGAUUCAAUGGGCCAGACGCCCCUGAAUUCCUUAUGAGUAAUCUGUACAAAGCAAUGUAUAAAAAACUAGAGGGUUUGUUUUGGGAUAGUGAAGAGACUAGUAGGCAAGAAGAAGUAGGUGAAAGUGUAGAAAAUGAUGUGAUUGCAGAGAAUUCAGGCAUCCAAAAUACAAAUUCAUCACAUGAAGCAACAGAUGGGGAGGUUAGGGAAGUUGAAGGUGUAAAUGGUGGUAACUUUCAGCAGCUUGAUAGAGGAUCCACAAAGAAGGUGACAUUUUGUUCGGGGGAGAUUGAGGUUAGGAGGAGGAGAAGAUUAUGGGAGUAUUUGGCAGAAGACGAUCCGGAAGAUGGUCUUGAUCUUUCAGGUUCAGAUAGAUUUGCAUUUUCUGUAGAGGAUGCCUUAAGUGUGAACAAUGCAGGUCCUGCAGUGAGAAGAUCACUGCUGUUGUCAAAAUUGAAACAAGGAUUGUUGAGUAAACACAGGGAGAGUAGGAGAUUGUUUCCAUGGAGAUUUGGGUUGAAAGGUAAGGAGAAAGUUGAGGUGGAGGAGAAUAGAGUGGAAGAGGAAAGGACUAUUGGAAACGGGAGUAGACGCAAAGUGGGUCCAGUAGACCAUGAGUUAGUUCUGAGAGCAAUGUCAGGGGCUCUUGAAAUAACUGAGCUUGCUUACUUGGAUAUGACGGAUAAGCUUCUUGAUCGAUGUCCAGAGCUUGCGCUGAUGGGUUCGUGUUUGUUGGUUGCUUUGAUGCGAGAUGAAGAUGUUUAUGUGAUGAAUGUGGGAGAUAGUCGAGCUAUAGUAGCAAAGUAUGAGCCUGAAGAGGUUACUUCUAGUUCAAAUGCAACGGUUCUAGGUAAUGAUGGGUUAGCUGUGGCCGGUAUAGCUGAAGAGUUGAAAGGUUGCAUUCAGGUUGAUGAUAAGGUGUCAAAUGUGGUACCUGUUCACGAUAGGAGGUUGACUGCAUUGCAAUUGUCCACUGAUCAUAGCACAAGCAUUGAAGAAGAAGUUAUCAGAAUCAAGAAUGAGCAUCCAGAUGACAGUAACUGUAUUGUGAAUGAUAGAGUCAAAGGACGCCUAAAGGUCACCCGUGCAUUUGGGGCAGGCUUCCUGAAACAGCGUAAGUUGAAUGACGCAUUAUUGGAAAUGUUUCGCAAUGAGUAUAUUGGCAACACGCCUUACAUAUCUUGUACACCUUCUUUACGUCACCAUAGACUCUGUCCUGGAGAUCAAUUUUUGGUGCUCUCCUCUGAUGGCUUAUAUCAAUACUUCAGCAAUGAGGAGGUUGUUUCCCAUGUUGAGAAUUUCAUGGAGAAAUUUCCCGAUGGAGAUCCUGCACAGCACCUGAUUGAGGAGCUUUUGUUCCGCGCAGCCAAGAAAGCUGGAAUGGAUUUACAUGAAUUGCUCGACAUCCCAACAGGAGACCGAAGGAAGUACCAUGACGAUGUAACUGUUAUGGUAAUAUCACUUGAAGGAAGAAUUUGGAAAUCAUCAGGAAAAUACCUUUGAAUUCUUCCAACAGAAGAAAUCCAAUCCCUGCAGGCUGCAGCAAUCGCUGCAGGUUGAUAUUCAGGAAUCGGGUCAAAACACAGUGAAAUUCAAUCGCGAUCUGGUUUCACAUCUCAACAAGGAUUGUUUUAAGUCCUACCCUUGAGCAAGCUAAAGCAUGCAAUGCCAGACUGAAACCAAGGCUUAUUGAGAACCGGUUUUUGGAUGAGGGUAUAAAUUUUGUAGCUGGGACUAUCCUAUCCUGGAUGUGCUCUUAGACAAGAAAACUGACUCUUCUUUUCCUCUUCCUUUCUAGAUUUUCCAUAGGCAUAGCAUCUUUUUUUCAUUCAUUUGUAUUUUGUUCUUUUCCUCUUUUGCUUAGGGCAAGAGAAGUGCUUGUAAUCAGAUUGGGGGGUGAUGGGGUUUGGCUUAGUUACAGUCUUACAGAGCUCUAUACUAGACUCCAUUUUCAGAGGAGAAAAAACUAUUGAAACCCAUUGUAAAAAUUCUUGUUACAACUGGGAGAGUGAAAAGAAGCACCAAUUUUCUG